AUUAAUGUUUUUUUUUUCAGGCAAUAUGAAGCUGCCAGACCCGAAGCGAAUGCUCGGCAGCAUAUUUCCAAUACUCCAAUGGUCGAAGAGUUAUAACCUCGGGACGGGUGUCGGUGACCUGAUAGCUGGGAUCACUGUGGCUCUGACGCUUAUACCUCAGUCUAUAGCCUACGCGUCGCUCGCUGGAUUAGAACCACAGUACGGUUUAUACGCAUCACUGCUCGGCGGAUUCGUGUACGGGAUCACGGGCACGUGCCCUCAGAUAAACAUCGGGCCCACAGCGCUGCUGUCGCUACUGACGUUUACGUACACGAACGGCACGAGUCCGGACUUCGCCGUGCUCUUGUGUCUGACGUCGGGGCUCGUGCAGCUGGUCGCUGGCACGUUGCAGCUUGGUUUCCUCGUGGAAUUCGUCUCGCUGCCAGUCGUCUCUGGCUUCACAUCCGCAGCCGCAGUAACCAUCGCCUCAUCGCAAGUCAAGGGCUUAUUAGGGCUCAAGUUCAGCGCCGAGACCUUCAUAGCUACUUGGAAGGAACUGUACCGUCAUAUAGAAGACACGAGGUUACCUGAUACACUGCUCAGUUUAGCGUGCUGUAUCGUGCUGUUAGGUAUGAAGGCCCUAAAGGACAUUCGCAUCGGUGUAAAAGACAGUGAAAAAAGUCAAAAAGGGGUCGUUUUCAUACAGAAGAGCUUGUGGUUCGCCGGGGUGUCGAGAAACGCGGUGGUGGUCAUCCUCGCUGCCGCUGUCGCCUUCUUUGUUUAUUUGGAUGUUGGAGACCCGUUGAUAUUGACAGGUAAAAUAACACCGGGCCUGCCAACACCACAAGUGCCCCCGUUCCACACGACGGUCGGGAACGUCACCGUCUCCGCGGGCGGCAUGCUGGCGCAGCUCGGCUCUGGCCUGCUGGUCGUCCCUCUAGUGGGGAUCAUCUCUAAUGUUGCCAUCGCUAAGGCAUUUUCAAACGGCAAAACGCUGGACGCAACACAAGAGAUCAUAGCUCUCGGCGUUUGCAAUGUGGUGGGAGCUUUCUUCCGCUCUUUCCCCGUUAACGGUUCCUUCACUCGAAGUGCCGUGAGCGACGCUUCGGGCGUACGCACCCCCGCCGCUGGAUUCGUUACCGGAAUAAUAGUGCUAUUGACUCUGGCACUACUAACCCCGUACUUCUACUUCAUCCCUCGGGCAGCCCUGUCCGCCGUGAUCGUGUGCGCAGUGCUACAUAUGGUCGACAUCGACAUCAUUAAGAAACUGUGGAGGUCCAGCCGACUAGAUAUAAUCCCAUUGCUGGGUACAUUUGUGUGCUGCCUUGCGCUCGGGAUAGAGAUCGGUCUGAUCUGCGGCGUGGGCAUCGACGUCCUUUUGCUCUUGUACUACAACUCCCGACCACCUCUCGACGUGAAAUAUAUUGAGGAAGAAAAUCUCCCACCACAUUAUUCUAUCCACCCAGUGGGCAAUCUCCAUUUUGCUGGAGCGGAAAAAGUGAGAUUAAAGCUCUCUUCGCUGAAAAAUGAUAAUAAAGCGACAUUAAAGCAACUAACUAUCGUACCUGGAGCUAAUGACAGUGUUUUAUCAAACGGAGCUGGGAGCCAGUGCAAUGGCGGUGCAAGUAAUGCGACAGGAAGAGAUAUUGCUGGCCGGAGGUCGAGUGUACUUGUGAUACAUUGCGACUGUUUGUAUAGAUUAGACUAUACAUUUUUACAGAGUAUGAAGAUGUUAGUGACAGAGCGGUCACGCAGUGGACUCGUGGUGUGGUGCGACGCGCUUCCUCUAGUGAGAGAUCAGCUAAGAGCUGUUCUACCUGACGCCGUGUUCUGUGAUACUCAGCAGUUACCAGUAGUUCUUGCAGACGCUCGCUCAUCAGGCGACCACUCGGGCGUUAGUGAUACUCAACUUUAGUGCUUCGUCUAGCUUAGUGUCAAGUUAGAUGAUAAAUAAUAUUGUGUUGUGCUGUGACUUAUACAAUUUUAUCGUAUACUUAUAUGAAUUUUGAAUUUUAACCAGUGAUCUAGUGGCUGAACUUAACAUCAUGGGGGAGUCUAAAGCUCACAGACUCCGUUGGUUGGGCCAUCUUGAGAGAAUGGAUGAAGAUCGGAACGUGAAAAGAGCGUACCUGGGCCGCCCACAGUAGGAGGACGUCCUAUCGGACUCCCCAGCCUCUCUGGGGCGACAUGGUGGAGGCGGAUCUGCGCGAGCUUCUAGUCAACAUAUGGCGAGAGGUCGCACAGGACCGAGAAAAGUGGCGCUGUCUUGUGUCGGAGGCCAAGUCUCAUUUUGGGUCGUUGAGCCAACGGAGUAAGUACAACCAGUGACCAUUAGCGUUAGAAAACAUUAUGCUCAGAAUGUUAUUCAUUUAAGGAAUCUUUAGAAAAAUGUAAGGUCACGUUAGGAUGUGUCAGCUGCGUUACUGAUGCAACAUUAUUGCAGCGGCGUUGAUAUCACGGUUGACUGUCAAUUUCCUUGAUAAAAUGUAUGAAGUUCGCCGUCGAAUUACUGUCACGAUUAUGACGUUCAAUCAGUCAGUCAUUUUACUAAAUAAAUUGACAGAUACAGCGUCCGCGUCAAGGUCGCAGUGGUAACGUCGCAGCAGUAACGCAGCUGCUGUCAACUCGAAUGUCACUUUUACCGUACCUACCCAAUACUUAAGGAUUUUGAAGUCUAAUUUCUGGUUGUGAAUUAUAAGCAUCUACACCGAUCAGUGAUUAAUAUUACAGGUUAUUUAGUUACCAUAGUAUAUAAUACGUGAACAUUUUCGGCAACGUCAUUUUAUUGACAGUGAUGUAUCUGUUGUAGUGUGAUGCAAUCUGUGACCUGGCUCCAAUUUCACCACGGCUACAAUUGUCAGUGACAUAUGUCGAGCGACAAUUGUCAAGCGACAGGUGACAUAUUACAAUUUUAUAAAAUAUUUUCUACAGAAAUACUUACAAACAUGACAGGCAUUUUGCUACAAUUGUAUGUAUUACAAUUAUGUUGUGAAACAAGAAUUAUUUUUUCUAGUCGACAUAUUUGUAGAAUUGUCGGUGAAUCUUGACAGGAAAUGAGUUAUAUGUCGGAAUUUCGUGACAGUUGUAGUGUUUCUUGUGACAAUUGUCAUAAACUUAGCAAGAGAAAUAUCUGUUUUUUUCCGAUAUAAUAAAGUUUUUUUUUAAUAAUACGAUGAUGGUGGCAAACAGGAAUACGGCCCGCCCGAUGGUAAGCGGUAACCUUAGCCCAUGGAUGCCUGUGACGUCAGCAACAGUGAUGUUUUACAAUUGUCGCACCUGUCACCGUGGUGAAAUUGGGGCCUGAUGAUUCAUAAGAUUUUUUUUAAUGAAUAGGUUUAUUACAUAAGUAUGUGUUGAGUUUGAUGAAUUUAAUAAAUAUAAGAUAGAUAGGUACCUAUAAAUAUUUUAUAAAGGUCCAUGAAAUAUUAGGCUAAAUUAGAUACCAAUCAAAUUAAAGCUUUAUAAUUUGAUACGAAUACGAUAAAGUGAUACUGUUUUUUUUCUCGUAAGCGGGCUGUAGCUUAUAGUAGUAGUGGUUUUCAGGGACAAAAAUGUAUCAAUGCUAGUGAUUAAUUAAAUAACGACUCACGAUUGUUAUCGAUAUCGAUACCAAACUAUUUCAAUCAAAAUAAAAACAAAAUCGUAACUUAGUGUUUUCGUCUUAGAGUAUAUAACCAACGGAGAUGCCAUGUCUAAAAUUUUCGGUACAAAAUAGUCUGCCGUUUUUUGCGGGGGAGGGGCACAUCAAAAGUAUAGGUACGUCAUGUCAGAUAAACGUCAGUCCAUACAUAUAGUUGACAUGUGGUUGACCAUUGGCCGCCUAUUUCCGACAGAGGGGAGGGAACGCCUGUUAAUGGCGGCUCCAUUGUUAAUUACUCUGAGGUUUUCGUCCAGGGGGGCGAUUAUUGAAUUUCGAUCGCUCGAUUUCGUCACUCGAAAAUUGUUGGAAAACGGCGAAAUGCUUAUUUUUGAAAUACGAGCGAUAGAAAUUUGGAAUCUAGUGGUAUUGACCACUCGUUUUCAAUUCUAUUAGUAGAAUUUAAAUGCAUAGUACUGGAGAUAUUAUUUAACGAAAUACACGAAAUCGAGGGGUCGAAUUUCAAAAAUCGGCCCCCAGUUCCCUCGUUAGUCGUAGUUAGUCGGUAGUUCGUCGUCAGUACAUUCGACAGCGUGACGUCACGUACGCGUAUGAGUUAAGACACAUAUUGUAUGGGAUUUUGAGUUUGCAAAACGCUUGGCGCGCUGUUCAAAAUCCCAUACAAAAAUAGACAUUACGUAAACGCGAACCCCUUGUCACGCUAUCUAAUGAAAUCACUAGGGGUUCUUGUGUAUAUUUAUAUGUAAAUCUAUUUACAGUCAACUAAACAACUAAAUCAGUAACAAUAUCUAAGCCGUCACGUCGUCAGCAUCAAUGCAUAAAUAAUUACAUUAUAAUAUAACUUUGUAUCAACUUUACAUAAUUGCUCAAUUGCUAAUAUUUGUAUAUAAUUUGCGAGCCAAUCCGAACGAUUGUUUGGUUAGGUCUCCAUAUUUUACAAAGCAAACUGUGAUCCCACUGAUAAAUCCUUUCUUAUUGUAAAUCCAUUCGUGCGAAAUAUUUAAAUACCUACAAGAAUGUGAAUAAUGUAUUAAUUAAGUUGUUUAU